AUGGAGAAUCACGAGUCGUCUCCGUCCCUCUCGUCUUCUGCUGCCAACCCCUUCCGUCGAAACUCCUCCCUCCCGUCGGAGGAUUCCAUUCCUUCCCCCCCUUGUUCCUGUUCUCCCUCUCCCCCUUGUUCCUGUUCUUCCUCUCUCCCUUUGAUUCCUGGGGCGUCGGAGGCGCGGGAAGAGGGAAAACCUUUCGAGGGCCUUGAGCCCAAGAGGCGAAAGCAAAAACGCGCGUUCAACUGGGACGCGGUACAUACAGCUCACUUUCUCCUCAAAUUGGCCUAUGACGGCAGCGCCUACUCUGGCAUUGCGUACCAGGGAGAGAAUUCAGCUGUACGCACAGUCGAAGGCGCGCUCUUUGAUGCACUGGAGAAAACAUGCCUCAUUCGAGACAGGAACGCUUGGCAACCCGCCAAGCGUCUCUUUCCGGAAGAGAACUACGACUACGCCGCCGUCCUCAAUGCCGUGCUCCCAGGGGAUAUUCGAAUUGUGGCCUCUGCGCCAGUCCCGCCGGGAUUUGACGCAAGAUUCGACUGCACAGGCCGCGUGUACAAAUAUUUCUUCCACUCCGAGGGCCUCGACCUCCCGCGCAUGCACCGAGCUGCGCAACGAUUUGUUGGCGAACACAACUUCCGCUACUUCUGUAAGCUCGACCCUCGGCAAUAUCGGAAUCCAAGGAGGACACUGACGUCCUUUGCCAUCGAACCCGUAGGCGACAGCGCAUGCGCAGUGGCGACGAUCGCUGGCCGUUCCUUCCUCUGGCACCAAGUGCGUUUCAUGAUGGCGGCGCUGCUGAAGGUGGGACGUGGGACGUGCGACGAAGCCUACAUCGUCGGCUUGUUGAAUCGUGGAGAAGAAGAAGAGCGAGAAGACCAAGCGAGAGGGGAAGAUGGAAUGGACCUCAAGGAGCGACACGAAACGGCAAGCAUCUCAGAAGGACAGACGCAAAAACACGAAGAACCCGAACCUUCAAACGACAUUCACGUCUCUCCCCCGCCUCCCUCUUCUUCCUCUUCGCCCGCUGCCGCCUCGCGGGUCAGGUCGAGUCCUUCCGCUGAGUCGCCAGAGGGUCCAGCGGAGAGAGAUCAAGCCGCUGGCGAGGGCAAGAAAAGGAAGAGAGAGAAAGUCAGAGCGAAGGCGUUUUCGGCUGGCCUCGCACCCGCAGCGCCAGGCUGUCUCGUGCUUUACGACUGCCUCUUCGAAGGCGUCCAGUGGGACAGAGAAGACGAGCGACGAGAGCAGGGCGGAAAGUGCAGAAACGCGGAGACAGAGCUGGAGAUACAGUCGAAUGCAGAAACAAACACGUCAGCCGCGAAAACAAACGUGGGAGAUAAGACGCCGUUAAAUCCCAGAGAGACGUUUCAGAAUCAACACCGCAAAGCGUUGGAACGCGUUCAGGUGCUUCGAUGUCUUGGUGGGAUGCCGUAA